AGAGGAUCAUGGUUGCGCUCCAACCUCCACUGCACUGGCCCGUGGAAACCCGCUUGUGAGUCAGCACUUCAGCAGAGAGAGGAUAAGGCCGCCAAUGGCUGCCUCAAUUGAAGGCGGCCAGCAAGGGCCCUGAUGCGGGUCCCUCACGGACGAGAGGAGAUGCAACGGAGGAACAAGAACGGUCAUGUCGACGAAGGUCCCGUCGAAAUGGACCUCGCGGCGUUUCUGAGGAGUGCGGGCAGGGGGCCGUCCCUGCUGGACCUGGCGGCAAAGGAUGAGCUAGCAGCUUUUCGGUAUAGUGUAUUAGAGGAGGGGCUGGAUGUGGAUGCUCUGUAUACCUGGUAUGGGAGGCGGGACGGCUCAGAUGAGCUGCUGGUGGAUCAGCGGACGCCAGCAAUGGUCGCGGCGGAGCACGGCGGUGUGAACGUGCUCUCGUUUAUCCUUUCCUCGGGGCCAGUGGAUGUGAACAGGAGGAGCAGGGUGGACGGGAGAACCGCCCUCCAUUUUUGUGUGGCUGGAGGCAGCCAGAGGGCUGCGGAAGCAGCCUCGAUGCUCUUGAAAGCAGGAGCUGAUCGAAGCGUCAAAGAUCUUGCAUUUGGGAGGAGGCCGUUGGACAUGAUAUACAGUGAAGAUGCCCAGGUCAGGGCAUCCCUAGAGCGACAGCUACUUGCGCCAGCUCCCAUUAGGGAGUGGACAAAUGUUCCGGCUGUGGCUGUUGACAUCCCGGGGAGUCCCUUGGCCAGGGCACAUGCAAACCCUGUUUCGCCUCGCCAUGAAUACCUGAGCCCUGAGUUUGCAGCAACAGAGAGGGGCUCUCCUCUAGCUCCAGGUCCCUAUGAGGCGAGACGAGACCAUAGAGGGUUUGUCCUGGAUCCGACCAUUCCAGAUGUGACCAGUUCCGUCUACAUGAGCGAUGAGUUCAGGAUGUUCAGCUUCAAGAUCAAGCCUUGCUCGCGUAGCUACAGCCACGACUGGACAGAUUGUCCGUUUGCUCACCCGGGAGAGGCGGCCCGCCGACGGGACCCCCGCCAGCAUCCAUACAGCUGCCUGCCAUGCCCUGAUUUCCGAAAGGGCGCCUGCGCCAAGGGGGAUGCAUGCGACUUUGCGCACGGCGUGUUUGAGUCGUGGCUCCACCCCGCGCAGUACCGCACGCGCCUCUGCAAGGACGGCCCUGGCUGCGACCGCCGCGUCUGUUUCUUUGCCCACCUCCCCGAGGAGCUCCGCCCGCUGUCCAGCAACUGGGGCCACGCCCUGCCCCUCAGUUACGCCUCCCCUAUGUCGCCCUCCCCCCUGGAAAAGCAGAACCAGCGCCAAUUCUCCCCCCCACUCCCAGUCUCCCCGUCCUCGGUGCUGCUCAAGCAGGGCCCGUUCUCGCCAGGGCCGGGGAGCCCGGUUGCGAAGCAACCGAGCCCACCGCAGGCGUUCCUGAGCCCCCCGCGGUCCCCCAGUGAAAACCUCGACUACUUCUCCCUGCGCGCGCCCCAGAUGAUCCGCCCGCAACAUUUGAGCGGGGAGUUCAGGCGUGAGCUGGACCUGGCUUACGAGGAAGCGAUGUCGCCGCGCGUUGCCAGGGGUCCGCUGAUGUCACCCCAUGAGGUCAGCAGGGAAGAGGAAGCGGCACGGGUGCGUCAGCUCGGGGAUGCUUAUGAGGCCCGCCGCCUGGCAGCAGAGCUUGGCAGCCUCAACCUGGGGGGGCGCGCUCGUCCUCUGGGCCCUCAUCACAGCCCUCGUUUCCGCCCACAUUCCAGCACCGCCCCUCCAGUGCCCCCCAUGCGCGCUGCCUCUGGGGAGGAGCUUUUCAGAACGUAUGACAGGCCGCAGUCGCCUCAGAUGCCCCUGGAGAGGCAGGUGCGCAACCCGCGCUCCCCGCUAGGGGGUGCGGUGGGCUUGCCUGCGGUGCAGGGGGGUCCUUCCGGGCGAGCGGGCGGGUUCGGGAGUCCCCGCAGCAUGAGCCAGGAGAACAUGGUUCAGAACGGCCUAGUUCUUGACAGUCAGCGGUUGGCGCACAGCCGCUUUGCCCGCAGCAACACCUGGCAGGGGCAGAUUUCUGACUGGGGCUUGCCGGGGGGAGCUCCAGAGUGGGGGGCCAAACGUGAGGACGUGGAAAGCGCGCGUGCAAAGCACCACGUGGGAGGGGAGGGGCGGGAGCCCGACAUCAGUUGGGUGCAGAGGAUGAUCGAGGAGGAGAAAAUCUGAGGGGAAGGGGGGGAAACCUGGGGAGAUGCAUACCCCGCUGGCAAAGCUGGGGGGGAGCAUUUGGGUGCACCCAAUGUUGCCUAUUCGCAGUUGAACCGUAGACCCAGGGUUGGAGGCUUCCAGCAUAAGAAUGCCAGACCCUGCCAAGCCCAACAAGGGGCAGGUCGGGUAAUGGCAAUUUGUAGAUUGACAUUUUUUGAUACUGCACUGCCACUCCUUGGUAACGACUGUAGCCGCGGUUGUUUAAUCGAUCUGGGGCAGUGACAGUAGGAUCCGGUGUAGAUUGCUUUACAGUGAGGUUGCUCAACUAAUCGCAUGGUACUUUACAUACGGGACAUUUGUGUUGCGUUUGCAGCUUGGCUUUGGCAUAGAUGGAAACCGUUCAGCACUCCACUGAUAUUUUUCGGAUCUAGGAAAUUGGCACGUUGACUAGAGUAAUUGUAGUGAAAUUCUUGUUUCAUAUGAGAAACAUUAUGCUUCUUAUGGGGACCCAUAUAGCGGUAGUGUCAAGUAGACAGAUGAUUUGUAAAAUCACACAGACGCACUAGGACAAGUACAGAAGCUUGCAGUUUUGUGGUCCAAUUAAGAUAGACUCUUAUCGGGUGACUAGUAGCCUAGUGUCUGGUGCAUGACAACGGAAGUCACCUUCAACACCAGGAGCGGAGUUUGACAUUAGGUUUGACGCCAGUAAUAUUUCUUUGCAUUCCUGUCAAACUGCCAAUCAUCUACAGUGCACUCGAGCAUGUGUAUUCG